AUGGUUCACGCGUCCGCUCUCUACACCCCCUUGCUCGCCGCGGCCCUCGCCGCCGGCAACCCCGUGCUCGCCCCGCGCGGCGUCGCCAAGCUCGACGACGCCGCCUUCCAGCAAGCCCAGCAGCGCGACGACGCCGCCAAGCGCGCCCUCGCCAACGUGCAGAUCAAGGCCGCCGACGGCCGCUGCCUCUUCGUCGACGCCCUCUCCGGAGACUUCCGCGCCAACCUGACCCCGCUGCAAAUUGCCGACUGCGCGGGCGCCGCCGGUGGCCGGGGCUUCGACGUCAUCACCAGCGGCAAGCACAACGACCGGCAGGGCGCUGCGCUGGUCGUCAGUACCCUGACGCAGGCGUGCCUGAGCUUCGACCCGCGCCGGCCGGCGGACGGGCAGGUGCAUCUGUUCUCGUGCGGCGGGCGCGCGGACGGCGGCGGGAGCGUGGCGAAUUCGCAGCUGUUCGCGUUCGUCGGCGGCCAGGUGACGGUCGUGCUGACGCCGCAGAACGGGCCGGGGAGGUGCCUGGUGGCGGCUGGCGAUAGGGUGGUCAUCGCCGAGUGCGACGAGGGCGACGAGGCGCAGCAGUUCACGUUUGGCGGGGAUGCCGGCAAGGAUGGAAACGCCACGGAGAGCACGCAGCUCGUGCCCAGCGCGACGGCGGCUGUUAAGGGGACUACCUUGAACGCCACUGCCGUCGAACCGUCGAGCACCCCGAAGCCCUCCAACAAGCCUGUGAAUGUCACCGUACCGGCCACUUUGCCAUCUUCCGCUCCGGGUAAUGAAACGUGCAGUCAAAGAAUCGUCACUGUCGUCAACACAGUCACCGUCACCAUGCUGCCUAUCAUGGGUCCGGGCGUCGCCAGCGGCUCUCUCAACCCUACCAAAUUGUCCCUCACUGGAGCGCUUCCCACCGGAGCGCUUCCCACCGGAGUCUUUGCCACCGGAACGUCCACCGGGAGCAAAAAAGCUCCCCAAAUCGACAAAAAUCUUAGCAGCAACAGCACCGACACCGCCAGCAAGACCAUCGGCUGCAACCAGGGUGGUAGCGCCCUCCCGACCGGCAGCCCGAACGCCACAGUCACCCGCUACCCCAACGGCCAGCACACGGCCAACCCGACCGCCGCGGUGCCCGUCUCGCGCGCCGGGGGUACCCUCAACGCUACCGCCGCCGCUGCCGCCAAUCAGUUCGACGCGACCGCCGAGCGCGCCCUCGAGAGCGUCAACCUGCGCGUCGCCGACGGCCGCUGCCUGGCGGUCGACCCGACCGCGGGCGACUUCCGCCAGAACCUGAUCCCGGUCGGGCUGGCCAACUGCACCGAGGACCUGGGGCAAAAGUUCGACGUGGUGACGCGCGGCAGGCACGACGACGGCAAGGAGGCGGGCAAGGCGCUGCUGGUGAGCGUUCUGACGAAUGGGUGCUUGAGCUUCGACAGCCGGCGGCAGCAGGGCGACACGGUGACGAUGUUUUCGUGCGGUGGUCGUGCAGAUGGAGAGGGCCAAACAGCCACGUCUCAGCUGUUCCCGUUUGACGGUAGCAACAACAGCACGAUUGUCCUGCAGCCCGCCUCGGACGGCGGCAAGUUUUGCCUGGUGGCGGGCAAGGACAGGCUGGAGUCGACCAGCUGCGACAACCAAAAGGAUCAAGUCGUUGGGCUUGUCGAAGUUCUCCAGUCCACCGCCGACAAGCUCUUGUAG